CUAAUUCCUGGGGAUGGGGUGUAUUUGAUCAGGUGAUGAACGUGGGACUAUACAAGGAGGGAUCUAAAGUGAGGCAGAAUCAAAGAGCUAUUGAAAGCAUUGACUCCUCACUGGCGUGAAGGGAGGACCAUUGCAAGGAUGAAAGCUGCACUGCUGAUCAUUCUGUUGGCAUCCAUCUGCCUGCUCCAUGCUGCAGCUGACACUGACAGUGUUGCUGUAUUUCCAGACCUUGAUAUCCAAAGGCUUGCUGGGACAAGGUAUCCCACAGCGUUUGUCCUUAAAAACAAGGAGCCAGCAAACAUAAUUCCCUAUGAUGAUGUAAUUGAGCCUUCUGGUGAAGGAGAUAUGGUUCUCAAGAUGCGCUACCUUAAAAAUGGAAUAUGUAAGAUGACUGAAAUUAAUGUGGUGCACACAAACCAGCCUGGUGUAUUCAAAGUACCUUCUACCAAUGAAACUGUACACAUGGUGGAUGUAGAUUAUGAAAGCUACCACACUGUACACGUUAUACGGGAUAACAGCUACAGCAUGUAUCUGUUGAGCAGAACACGAGAAGCAUCAGAUGAUGUCAAGACAAAAUUCAAGAACCUUGCUGUAUCUCUGGGAUUUGAUGUGAACCAAAUAAGUGAUGAGCGGCUAGCAGAGUCAUGCCCAUAAUGUUACUAAGUAUAGUGUGUUCUGGACCCUUCCUGGCUGGGCACAGAGGAGAAGCCUUCCCCUUUCCAGGGGUGGGAUCAGAAGAACACUCAUUCUGAGUUCGAAUUUGAGAUUCUAAAGUGCUGCACUUACCAACAUCUGCAAAUUUAACCAUUCCAAGAAAUAUACGUAGUUGCAGAAA